CGGCGGCGGCGGCGGCGGACAAGAUGGCGGCGCGCGGCGAGGAGCGGGAGGCACCGGAGGCGCCUUCGCCGCCCCCGCCGGGCCCGGGAGGCGGCGUCAACGUGUUCGCCAACGACGGCAGCUUCCUGGAGCUCUUCAAGCGCAAGAUGGAGGCGGAGGAGCAGCAGCGGGAGCGCGAGGCGGCGGCGGCGGCGGCGGCGGCCGCGGAGGCGUCCGGUGGCGGCGGCGGCGGCACCGGGCUGGGCUCGCAGCGGGACGGGGUGAAGAGGAGCGGCGGCGCGCUCAGCUUCGUGGGGCGGCGGCGGGGCGGCAACAAGCUGGCCCUGAAAACGGGAGUGGUGGCCAAGAAGCAGAAAACGGACGAGGAGGUGCUGACGAGUAAAGGCGACGCCUGGGCCAAGUACCUGGCGGAGGUGCAGAAGUACAAAGCGCACCAGUGCAGCGACGACGACAAGACGCGGCCCCUGGUCAAAUAGCGCCGGCCCCCCCCCAAAAAAAAACCCGCGGGGGGGGCCCCAAAACCGGCCCGGACCCCCCAAAAAAAUCCCCAAAAAAAUCCCCGAAAAAUCGGCUAAGGGGGCUCCAAAAAAUUCCUCACAAAAAUCCCGCGGGGGGAUGCAAAACUGGCUUGGACCCCCCCAAAAAAUCCCCAAAAAGAUCCCCCAAAAAAUCC